GGUUGAGAAGAAGAGAGACAAAAAUGUAUUUUGGAAAUUAUGGGGAUCAAACAAGGGCUAAAUCUGAAAAUAUCAAGUGGAAGCACGAAAGAGUGAUUCAAGAGAAUCACACCCCAACAAAUCCACAAGGGCUUUUUUUGGGGUCAUUUCAAAUUUAUGGGGAUCUAAUUCACAACAUUAUUUAGAGAAGGGUGGGACCAUUCAUUAUGUGUUUAGAGGAUGGCAUGUGCAGGGAUGGUGGUCAAGUGGUCUCCACUGGCGGACAGGAAUAGGGUGGUGAGGAACUGUGAAGGUGAGCAGGGGGUGGAAGAGAAAACAGGGGACGCCUGAGGACAUUUAUGGAGUUGGUCAACUUGGUCUUAUUUAUAGGUUAUCCAAAUUCCCAGAAAAGGAAUUACCGUUGUCCGUGCUGCUCCUGCAAAACACAUAUGCUUGAAGGUGGUUGAGAAUAAUUACUGUGCUUCUAGAAGAGCAUGAGUUCUCAUCUGGAGUUUUUGCAAAAACUUCUAUCAUCUACAGGAGGUGUACGCUGUCUAUCCAUCCUAAAUGCCACGUUUGCCAUCAUUUUUGGUCUUCUUGCACUAAUUUUUGGCUCAACUCUCCUCACGCUUGGUAGCAGCUGCUCAUUGCCGUUGUUCUGGUGCUAUGAAAUCGCAUCAUGGGGGCUGGUAGUUCUAUACGGAGGAACCGCCUUCUUGCUAAGAAGAAAAACAGCUGUAUUUCCUGACGAGAAUGACUUUGCAGGAAGGAAUAUUGGGUUGGAAAUGCUCGAAAUAAAUCCAGUGGAAGUCACGCCACAGGUGGAGAGACGUGUUAAGGAAGGUUUUAAGUCAUGGAUGGGGCCAUCUUUCCUAUCCUCAGACGAGGAGGCUGAAUCGGAUGACUAUCAGGAAAUGCCAAAUCUAACCAAUACAAUCUCCAGCAAGCAGUGUGUGUGAAAGUGACAGAUUCUGAAAAAUCUAUCGAAGUUCAUUGCCAGCGAAGAGCUAUUCCACAACUUAUGGUCUCAUACGAGAAAAGCAAUGCUGCUUUUACGACGGAUUUGGUGUCGGUUAGUGUUGAUUGAUACGUUUUAUCGAACCAAAUACCAAUUCUAAUGCUAUAGCAAGAGUGUUUAUACUGAUUGCUGCUGCGUUAGUGUUUUUACAUAAUAGUCACACACUGUAUAAAAUUCGAUUCGACCAAUUUUUGUAUACCUUUUUUGGAGCUUUCGAUUAUUUGUACUUGAUGAUCUUGUUAAUAA